AUGGCAAGCGACGACAAGAGAAGCCGCGCGCGGUCGGCGCUCAGCCGAGCCCGUGCGCGGCUCUCGACCCUUUCCGCCUUUCGUCAGGCUGCGGAAAACUACGAGAUGAUGAAUAGCAAGUUCUUCGGCUACGAUACCGCCGCAGUGCGGCAGGAUAGUCUUCGAAGGCAGCUCAGCGAUCCCUCAGUUGGCAAAGAGCCGGCUGAGUCCCGGAUGACGGCUGAGGAAGAGGCGUUUGCUAAACAGCACGGCAAUAAACGAUACAUUAGUCGUGGUCUGCUUGGGGAGCCCCCCCCGUUCGCUCGAAACUCUCGAGGAGUAACCGUUCGGUCAGGAGGCGUGCAUCUGAACGAGUUCUCAAGAAUCAAGAUGGCGGAUUUACGCACUGCAUGUGCUCUUUCGCUUCUGGAAGCCGACAUGAAUCAUUACCGACACCUUUAUUACGAAGAACGGCGAAACCAACAGGUCCAGGGAAGGCUCAAGUUCUUUGUGGCACCGCCGACAAACAGCACUAUACCCGAUCUCUGGCUCCUCGACCACUCGGCCGUGCUCGAGAAUAUUCCACCGCCGCCGCCGGAGGACCUGGAGAUUGAUCGCGAGCUUGCCAUGCUUCCUGAUCUCCGGCAGGCAUUCGCUCUCAUGCGGCAGCACCAGGUCGCCAAACUGCAGAAGCGCCGCGCGGUUGCGCCGCCAACUCCUGCUCCCGCGCCUGGAAGUACUGGGAAAGUUCCUCCAAGUGCUUUGCCUGGAAAAGGUGCUGCCGCGGCGUUGAAGGCCAACCAGGAGCAGAGGGUAGCCGAAGCAUCGCAGCCUCCACCCGUCACCACGCCCGGGUCCUCCAAGGGUGCGCCUCCAGGUCCCCCAGGCGCUAAGAAGGGUCUAGGGCCUCCGAAGAAGAAGCCACCAGGUCCGCCGCCUGCCGCGAAGUAG